UGCAGGCGGGAGCGGUCAGCUUCAUUUCUGCUGUACGGGACUCGUCUGUAGUACUGUACCUGGUGCUGCAUCAUGCAUGUUCCUCUGCUUAUCGCUGUGGUUUUCUGCGUAUGCAAUGAUGCGGUAACAAGCUUACCCUCACAGAGAAGCCCGGCACGGGCGGCGAGGCCGGAGAUGGGCAUGGAAGUCAUCUUACGUCACAACCAAGGUGAGGGACAGUUUUGGACGCUCUGUUGUGCAGGACUAAACCUGUACCAGGGCGACAUUGCCGGCGUGGAUCCCAAUUCCCGAAAUGCGAUUUUGAACUCUGAGAUCUGGCCGAGAGGAGUCAUCCCUUACGUCAUCAGUAGCGAGUACAGGAUGGACUGUGCUGAUGAACACGAGAACUGUGCGUAUUGGGCCGGUAUCGGGGAAUGCGUGAACACACCCCUCUACAUGAACUCUAGAUGUCGUCUGAGCUGUGGGGUGUGUCAGGCAGAUCCUGGUUACGAGACCUGUAACGACACGAACGUGGACUGUGCGUACUGGGCGGGGGAGGGGGAGUGUACGAACCCGCAGUACCAGGAGUACAUGACCUACAACUGUCCUUGGAGCUGUGGGGUCUGCCAUGUCCCCAUCGCGCCUGGGUCAGAAGCCGGAAUGAUCAUGGACGGUAUAAAGGAGUUCAACACCCGGACCUGUGUUCACUUCGUCCCGAGGACUCCAGACGCCCAGGACUACGUUCUCAUCAGGAAACUAGACGGCUGCCAUUCCCAGGUCGGCCGCGUGGGCGGUCUGCAGGACCUGUCCCUGCACGUGGACUGUCUGAGGAGCGGCACGAUCGUGCACGAGCUGAUGCACGCCGUGGGCUUCUGGCACGAGCACUCCCGUCCGGACAGGGACGAGUGGGUCACCAUCCACCUCCACAACGCAGACAGAGACCAGUGGCACGCCUUUGACAAGCAUCCUGAGACCCUAACCCUCGGCCUGCCGUAUGACUACGGUUCCGUCAUGCACUACGACAGCCACGCCUUCAGUGUGAACGGCAGGGAGACCAUUUCUGCCAAGCGUGCGCUGAACGGCGUGGUGCUGGGCUGGUGGACGGACGCCGGUCUGAACGAUCUGGACGUGCGGAAGGUCAACACGCUGUACGGCUGCUCAGGCACACGUCAAUAAAGAUACAUGCGGCACGAAUCGCCUCUUCUGU